AUGGACAAUCAACACGCUUUACUCACCUAUCCCGAUCAAUUGCAACCACGCACUUUACUGCAAUACGAUAAAAACGGUGAAAUACACAUGUUGGGCUACAUCGGGCGUCUUAUUACCUGUUAUGCUCAGAAAAUAAAUGCCUCUAUAAAAUUUCCCUAUCCCCUAAAAAUCAACAAUCCCAUAUUCUUUACCGAUGUUUUGGAAAUGACCUUAAAUGGUUCUUUAGAUAUACCAGCCAGCAUUGCAAAUCCAAAUGAGGUAAAAGACAUGAAAUAUUUCAGUCGUUAUGUAGAAUUGGGUAAAUGGUUUCCCAUGUUACCCGUUGCCGACUAUUUGACGCCCUGGGAAAUUUAUUACAGCUUAUUUCUACAAGAUUUGAGUGUCAUCUUUAUUAUCAUGUUUGUUAUUUAUACUCUUCUGCUGCUGAUAAUAGAACUUCUAAGUAAUCUUUCGGAAUCUUAUACAUCUGUACUACUGAAAUUUAUAAUAAAUCAGCAAGUAUUUUUGGGUCUCUUAGGUUCAUCAUUUCAAAUUGUCAAUCGCCGUAAUUACUAUACCUCCUACAAGUUUUUUAUCUUACUCAUACAAUUUACGGGUUUUAUGUUCGCCAUCUUUAGCAAUACUUACUUAACUUCAAACAUAACUACACCACCCAAACAUCAGGAAAUCAAUUCCUGGAAUUAUCUAGAAAAAUUAAAUUUAAAAAUUCUUAUGCUACAACAAGGUUACGAUUUACUAGACGUUUAUGUUACCGAUGAACUCCAAAAGAAAUAUAUACCUUUAAUAAAUUUUAAAUAA